AUGGAUGUAUUCAUUCCAGAAGAAUACAUCGUAAAACGAAGACUAGAAAAACAGGCAAAAGCAGCAGCAACCUCGGAGAAACGGUCGAAAUCACAGUCGCGUAAGAGUAGCAGCAAUGUCUCUGAUGCAUCCAACCCCUCCUUCCUCUCCAAUGGCUUCUCCUCUCUUGUCGAUGACAACAUUGUUUCCAGAAGACUAGAUAAAAUGUAUGAAAAUCAAACUGAGAUGACAUCUCUGGACAAAUCGCCAGAAGGUGUUUCCAAUUCUAAAGUGUGCAAAUGGGGGGACACAAAUCGUGGCGUGAGUUUCGACGUUCAGAUGACGAAGUUGUUAAAGGUAAGUUUGAUGGCAAUAUUAGCAGAGAGAGUGAGAAGUGGUGCAGCCUUAAAUUGGCAUAGGUUCUACCUGGUACGCGGCAAAGACAGAGGUAGCGUAGAAACAAAAGGUGGUGUGGAAAGGACGAGUUUGCCUCCGCUGAAAGAGGCAAACAUUGGAGAUCCUAAUGCCUCUGAUUUGAUUGUUUCUGUGAAUAGGGUUCAUCGCCAUUAUUGA